CCGCUCGCUGACGGGAGCGGUCCGUGCUGACGGGAGACGUGGCCAUGGGGCGCCUCGUAGGGCUUUCUCUCUUCGCAGCCGCUGCCGUCCUCCUUCUCCUGCUCCGCGGCGCCGUCGCAGCCUCCCUGCGGAGCGGCUCGGCGGAGCGUAACGACAGACCCAUUAUCGGGGUAUUGUCACAGGAAUGGCGCUUCGAAAAGUUCUACAAAUUUGGAAGUUCUUAUAUUGCAGCUUCGUACGUGAAGUUUUUGGAAUCCGCCGGUGCCCGAGUUGUGCCAAUAAGAUUAAAUCUUACAGAUGAAGUGUAUGAUAAAAUAUUCCACUCUAUUAAUGGGUAAGUUUUCAGCACUGAUUUUUCUGUUGAAAGAUGUGAUAGUUCUGGUUUUGAGCUCUGUCAUAUUAUCGAGUACACCGUCUUUCUGCUCUCCUGAGAGGUUGUGCCGAGCACUGCAGACACGUAAAUAGGCUCUAAGACAGAGAGCACUGUUUCAUUUGAUGUGU